AUGUGUGCAAAAAUGGCAUUCCAGCAUCAAGCUGGCACAGCUAUGGAAUGUUUGAGUAUACCGAUAACGCUCCAAAAAGAAACGGAAAUUGAUGCUCACGGUGAAGAAGUAAUGAAAUGUGGGUUUAAAAUUGGAGGAGGAAUAGACCAGGAUUAUCGGAAGAGUCCUCAAGGCUAUACGGAUAAUGGCAUAUAUGUGACGGAAGUGCAUGAAGGUUCGCCAGCAGCCAAGAGUGGUCUGAGGAUGCAUGAUAAAAUAUUGCAGUGCAAUGGGUAUGACUUUACGAUGGUGACUCAUAAAAAAGCAGUCGGCUAUAUACGAAAGCAUCCUAUAUUAAAUUUAUUAGUGGCACGAAAAGGCGUCACUAGUACCUAA